UUUCUUUUCCUUCCGAUUCCUCCCAACCAAAUAAAGCCUUAGGGUCGAAACAGAGAAAGCAAGUUGAGUGACAACUGACAAGGAAAAAGGUAUUCCCCAUUCCCCCAAUACCAGUAGCGUUUAGGAAGAAGAAAAUUGCAGAGAAGAAAUGGAGAAGUUUCCGGUAAUAGAUCUGGAGCCGUACUUGGAAUUGGAGAGAAGCGGGAAUGGGAAUUCCGAUGAAAUGAAGAGGUUGUGUAUGGAGGUUAGCCGGACAUUGAAGGAGACGGGAGCUUUACUGGUAAAAGAUCCCAGAUGUUCUGCGCAAGACAACGACCGUUUCCUUGAUAUGAUGGAGAAUUAUUUUCAGCAACCUCCCGAUUUUAAGCGCCUUCAAGAACGCCCUCUUUUGCAUUAUCAGGUUGGAGUUACUCCAGAAGGAGUUGAAGUCCCCCGGAGUUUGGUGGAUGCAGAAAUGCAAGAAAAGCUAAAAGCUAUGCCGUCCGAGUAUCAGCCUUCGACUCCAACAGGGCCUGAUCCUAAGUGGAGAUAUAUGUGGAGGAUCGGUCCUCGCCCAUCUAAUACCAGCUUUAAGGAAUUGAAUGCUGAGCCUGUUAUUCCGCAGGGAUUCCCAGAAUGGAAAGAUACCAUGGAUUCAUGGGGUCUCAAAAUGAUAUCAGCUGUUAAUGUUGUGGCUGAGAUGGCGGCUAUUGGAUUUGGCUUGCCUAAGGAUGCUUUCACUUCUCUCAUGAACCAGGGGCCUCAUCUUCUUGCUCCAACUGGGAGUGACCUUCAUCAUUAUGGGAAGGAGGGGACUGUCUUUGCAGGGUAUCACUACGACCUUAACUUCUUAACUAUCCAUGGGAGGAGUAGGUUUCCAGGACUGAACAUUUGGCUCAGAAAUGGGGAAAAGGUGGAAGUUAAAGUUCCCAUUGGAUGUCUUCUUAUUCAGACCGGAAAACAGAUAGAAUGGUUGACUGCUGGCGAAUGCAUUGCUGGCAUGCAUGAGGUUGUCGUGACUAAAAGGACUCUUGAAGCAAUUAGAUUAGCAUCUGAACAAAGUCGCAGUCUAUGGAGGGUAUCUUCAACUUUGUUUGCACACGUAGCGUCAGAUGCUGUCCUGAAGCCGUUAGGCCAUUUUUCCAACUCUGCUCUUGCAAGUACGUAUCCUCUCAUGUGUGCUGGGGAAUUUGUUGAAAAAGAGCUUGCGGUGAUUAAUCUGAAAGGAAAUUCUCCACCGUAGUAGUCCGAGCAGAACAUGUUGAUCCUAUCUAAGUUACAAACAGGGAACAUUAUUUACGGGCAUCUUGCUUAAAUCAUAUUGUGCAAUACAAGAGCGGGGGAAAUCCGGAAAGCAUCAAUGAGGAGUUGUUAUAAAGUGGUUGUUUCUACUAGGCUACUACCACUGAGAACUAUGAAUGUACCGAUAAUGGUAAUAUUUUCUGUUCAUUGUUUGACGAAAUCAUUGCCGAAAAGCUGAUUUCCCCUGAUUUAUGUUGGAUUUGAGAAAUCGAUAAUAUUCAUGCCAUUUUUUUGGA